UCAUUAGCAAAUUGCAGUCAAAUCUAAAGACGUAGAAGUGCACUUGUCCAAUCAAUAAAUAGGAGCGUUAGGAAAACUGUUUAUUUAGUAGAAAUUCUGUCAAGUUUCAAUGCAGUCUAUUCAACGGAACGUUGCACGACUCUAUCCUAGCGGAUUAAGGAUUGCAAAAAUGAGCCAAGUCGGUGAGUUGGGUGCCGGUGCCGGAAAGGGAGGCGGUGGUGGUGGAAGCAUCCGGGAAGCUGGUGGAUCCUUCGGAAAAAUGGAAGCUGCUCACGAGGAGGAAUACUUCUACAAACAGCAGAAGGAACAGCUGAAAAAUUUAAAACCCAAGACUGAUGGCGGUGCCGGAGGCGAACCCAAGGCCCAAGGAGGUGCCAAAAAGUAGAUUGUAGUUUUUUUUUUAUAAAACAAUAAAUAUGUAAAUUCAAUGCAAGUGACUCACCUUUGUUGACCUUUCCAAAGCUGGCGACUCCAGUUUCGUGUAUCAUUUGUCCAUAAACGGUGACCGAGUCCACAUUCACAUUAUUAAUGAUAUCACU